AUGGUGUUUAGAAAUCACCCAGAGAUCCAGAUCCCAAAAAUGGUGUACGGGACAGCUUGGAAGAAAGAUAGGUCCGCCACUCUAGUGUACCAGGCUCUGAAAGCUGGCUUUCGAGCUAUUGAUACGGCUGCCCAGCCUCGCCAUUACAAUGAGAAGGGAGUGGCAGAAGGUAUUGCGAGGGCAAUAGCUGAAGGAGUUGUGAAGAGAGAAGAUCUAUAUAUCCAAACCAAGUUCACAGCUCCAUCAGGGCAAGACCCAAACAAUCUGCCCUAUAGCGCUUCGGAUCCAAUACCUCAACAAGUGGAAACCUCCAUUGCAUCCUCACUCUCCAACUUCACUUUUCCGAACCAAGGAGAACCAUACAUUGAUUGUCUGGUCCUCCAUUCCCCAUUCCGCAACAUGAAAGAUACGCUCGUCGCGUGGCAAACCUUUGAAUCAUUCGUCCCAACAAAGGUCCGCUCACUAGGAAUAUCGAAUACCACACUCCCUAUCCUCCAAUCUCUCGUCUCCUCAGCCGCCAUCGUCCCGUCUGUGUGUCAAAACCGCUUCUACCCAGGUACGGAAUGGGAAGUUCCCCUUCGGUCAUUUUGUAGAGAGCAUGGGAUUAUUUUCCAGUCUUUUUGGACUUUGACCGGGAAUCCUCAGUUGGUGAGUUGUAAACCAGUUCUGGAGAUGGCGGAUAAGUUAAGGGGAAAGAGAGAGAUGGGUGGCGAUGAUAGGGCGCUGGCACUUUAUUGUUUGGUGCUUGGCUUGAAGGGAGUUAGCAUACUUAAUGGGACGAAGGAUGAAGGGAGGAUGAAGCGGGAUUUGCUGACAGUUGAUGCCGUUGGAGGUUUGAUUGAAGGGGAGUGGAAGGAGAUGUGGAAACGGUGGCUGAAUGAUUUCAAGGAGGUGAUUGGUGAGAAGUAA